CCUGCUGCUCCACACGGUCCCCGCCAUGCACAGCGCCUCUGUGUGUAUCUAACGCCGAUGAAGGGCGCUGGACUCAAGUGCUGAAGUCUCCCCCCGUUUAUCCACAAGCCAGGAUCCCAGCCCCCCGGCCCCGGGACAGGGAGCCACUUGCGGACUUCCCGAUGCUGCUGCGUCCCUGAGCUCAGCGCUGGCGGGGCGGGGGCGGGGGGAGAGGUACAAAGCUCGGCCCCCUCCCAGCCUGGGGCACUUCCUCCUCGGCUCCUCCGGCCGGCCAGGCGUGCCGGGCUGCUUUCCCCGGGGAGCUCCGCGGCGCCGGGCCGGGCCCCUCCCUCCUUUCCCCGGAUCGGGACCCUCGCACCCCAGCCCACAUGGCGCCCCCGGAGCAAGGCAGCGGGAGGUCCCAGCGGCGGAAUCAGAAGGGCCAGAGCUACCGCACAAUGGGAGCCCCAGAAUCGCAGCCGCGCCAGGAUCAGACGUACCUGGAUGAGAAGAUCGCCAUCCCGGAUGUGGGAGGGCCCGGCUUCAGCUUCCGGAAGCUGUGGGCUUUCACCGGCCCCGGAUUCCUCAUGAGCAUUGCCUUUCUGGACCCGGGGAACAUCGAGUCGGACCUGCAGUGCGGGGCCGUCGCUGGGUUCAAGUUGCUGUGGGUGCUGCUCUGGGCCACCAUCCUGGGGCUGCUGUGCCAGCGGCUGGCGAUCAGGCUGGGUGUUGUCACGGGACUGGACCUGGGCGAGGUCUGCUACCAGUACUACCCAAAGGUACCGCGCGUGCUGCUCUGGUUCAUGAUCGAGAUCGCCAUCAUUGGUUCCGACAUGCAGGAGGUGAUCGGGACGGCCAUCGCUUUCAGCCUCCUCUCGGCCGGACGCAUCCCCCUGUGGGGCGGAGUCCUCAUCACCAUCAUCGACACCCUCUUCUUCCUCUUCCUGGAUAAAUACGGUCUCCGGAAGCUGGAAGCCUUUUUCGGUCUCCUGAUCACUGUCAUGGCAGUGACCUUUGGCUACGAGUACGUGGUGGUACGGCCUGUCCAGACGGAGGUGCUGAAGGGAAUAUUCUUCCCCUACUGCCGCGGCUGCGGGCGGGAGGAGCUGCUGCAGGCCGUGGGCAUCGUGGGCGCCAUCAUCAUGCCGCACAACAUCUACCUCCACUCCUCCCUGGUCAAGACCCGCGAAGUGACGCGCUCCCAGAGGCAGGAGGUGAGCGAGGCCAACAAGUACUUCCUGAUCGAGUCCUGCAUCGCCCUCUUCGUCUCCUUCCUCAUCAACCUCUUUGUCAUGGCCGUCUUCGGCCAGGCCUUCUACCACCGCACCAACCAGGACGUGUACAACGUUUGCGCCAACAGCAGCGUCAGCCAGUAUGCCCCCAUCUUCCCCAGGAACAACGAGACGGUCUCCGUGGACAUCUACCAAGGGGGGUUCCUGCAGCUGCGCUGGUCCCGCUUUGCCCGCGUGCUCUUCACCCGCUCCUUCGCCAUCCUCCCCACCGUCUUCAUCGCCGCCUUCAAGGACGUCAGCCACCUGACGGGGAUGAACGACCUGCUCAACGUCCUGCAGAGCAUCCUGCUCCCCUUCGCCGUCCUCCCAGUUCUCACUUUCACCAGCAUGCGGCCGCUCAUGCAGGAGUUCACCAAUGGCGUUGUCGGGAAGGUGCUGAUGAUCCUCAUCACCGGGCUGAUCUGUGCCAUUAACCUCUACUUCGUGGUGAUCUACAUCCCUACGCUGGGCAGCAUCGCCUACUACAUCCCCCUGGCCUUCGUGCUGGCCGGCUACGUGGCCUUCACCGCCUACCUGAUCUGGAUGUGCUGUAUUGCACACGGCGCCGACUUCCUGGCCUGCGGACGCCACAGCCAGUUCUCCUAUGGGCUCCCCUCCACUGACCCCCCAGGCGGGGCAGGGCCCCGAUGACGCGUCGUGCCCUGCCCGCUGGGCACUCGCGCCACAGGACUGGGCUGCCUCUGGGUUUGUCGCCAUCCCAGGAGGGAAGGAAGCCAUCGCCACGCAGUCACCGCUACUGGCAGGGCCGGGAUUCAGGGCUGGGCCCCCCACUCCCGCCAUGGACUGACGGACAUGCAGCAUCCCAGGGCAUCUCCCCUUCUCAGCAAGCGCAGGGCGUGGGGGGACGGCACUGAGCAAUCAGCACCUGUGAUCUCUCUCUCUCUCUCUCUCUCUCUCUCUCUCACACACACACACACACACACAC